CAGGCCUUGCUUGGUGAGGACCAAGAAAGCGCGUAGAGGGCUGCGCAGUCCGAGGCAGUGGUUCCCUUGAGACCCUCGUGUGACCUGUUCCGCGGCCCUGCUGGGGAGGACUCGAACCCACUUCGAUUUGUGGUGGAGUUCCUGCUGAUUCCUCAUGUGCCCCUGGGAAUCUUUCUGUACUUUAGAAUUCAAAGGAAGCCAUGUUCAGAAGUGGAAUAGAAAAAUGUAAACAUGAGCCAACUGUGAAGAAGAUUCAACAUUUCAAGGAGAGUAAACCAAAAGUAUUUUUAAAAAUUCUGCAAAUGAGCCAGACUUGGUGAUACAUGCCUAUGAUCCCAGGUAGCCUUGCCACGGAAGCAGCCUUGACUAUAGCAGGUUCCUGACCAGAAGACCUACAUAGUGAGAGUCUGUUGCAAAAUGAUAUUAAUAAUAAAUAAUUUGAAAAAAUAUAAGGGACUCAGUAAAGGCUUGCUCCUGUCUCAGGCUGUUCUCCCUGCUCCUCGAGAAAAGGGUCUUGGCUGCUGCGGAAAAGAAACUGCAUAAAUACUACAGGAGAUUCAAGAAAAUAUUAAGAAGACGUGAUUUCCAAGGCCAAUUAUGAAAACAUUUGUCAUUGGAAUUGGCGGCGUGACAAAUGGUGGGAAGACAACUCUGGCUAAGAACUUGCAGAAACACCUUCCCAAUUGCAGCAUAAUAUCUCAGGAUGACUUCUUCAAGCCGGAGUCUGAGAUAGACAUAGAUGAAAAUGGAUUUUUGCAGUAUGAUGUGCUUGAAGCUCUUAACAUGGACAAAAUGAUGUCAGCCAUUUCACGUUGGAUGGAAAACCCAGGGCACUCUGCAGGACCGGCAGCCUUGGAAAGUGCUCAGAGGGUUCCCAUUUUAAUUAUCGAAGGUUUCCUUCUCUUUAAUUAUAAACCACUGGACACCAUAUGGAACAGAAGUUACUUCCUGACCGUUCCAUAUGAAGAAUGUAAGAGGAGGCGGAGUACAAGGGUAUAUGAGCCUCCUGACCCUCCAGGGUACUUUGAUGGUCACGUGUGGCCCAUGUACCUAAAGCACAGACAAGAAAUGAACACCAUCACCUGGGAGAUUGUUUACCUAGAUGGAACAAGAUCUGAAGAAGAUCUCCUUUCUCAAGUAUAUGAAGAUGUCAAGCAAGAAUUAGAGAAGCAAACAGGUUUGUGAGUAACAGCCCAACGAUGGAAUGCAGCAAGUCCUCCUGUGAUGGAUUAAGAAACUUAAGGACAGAAAAACCCUGUCUUGGAAAAAAACAAACAUGGAGGGAUGUGCUGAAGAACAUUAACCAGGAUACAGUGUGUCCUGCAGGACAGUGACAGCUCUUCUAUGUCUUUGUUCAUUUCUGUCACACUUUUCACAAUGUGUAGAGCAGUGUGUGCCGAUGCUGUUGGACAGGAACCUCUUAUGAAUGCAAGAUGGCUUGCUCCCAUUCUGCAGAAGGCACAGCACAGUGUACUCACAAAGGGUCAGUUCCUCUAUAAGAAUGGAAGUCAUACUUCCUGACUAGGACCUAGCAUAGGAAAAAGAUUGCUGUCUAGUCCGACAAUGAGUAUUGUGCUGUGUGUGUUUCUGCAUUUGUGCGUGUAGUUGUGUCUCCACGUUAUUGGGCAUAUUUAUGUUGUAUUCCCACACUCAAACUCUAUGCAUGUUUUCUUCUGUUUUCAUUGUGUUUGUAUUGAUUAUAAUAUUUAAUUUGAUAAAUGUUGUCUUCAAUCACAAGGCAAUGUUCCCCACCUGCGGACAGCAGAAUUAUCCAAAAUAAGGGUCUCACUUCGACAGGGUCAGCAGUCACUGCAGCAUCUGGAGACUUUGUGCUUUGCAGUAGUGGGUUUUCUUCUGCUUGUCCAAUACCAGUGUGUCUCUAUGAUGAGAUUUCUUUUAUCCAUAGAAGGAUUUGGUAUAUGUUACUUGGUUUUCUGAAACCAACACUCUGAAUUACAAAAUCCUCAGUCACAUGUAAAACCAGGGCCUUUCUUUGAAAGGCACGGGCAGUGAAUGGGAAUUGUGUAAUUUCUUUGUUGUUGUUGUUGUUUGUUUGUUUUGUUUUUUGUUGUUGUUGUUGUUGUUGUUGUUGUUUUUCGAGACGAGGUUUCUCUGUAUUGUUUUGGAGGUUGUCCUGGAACUCACUCUGUAGACCAGGCUGGCCUCGAACUCACAGAGAUCCGCCUGCCUCUGCCUCCCAAGUGCUUGGAGGAAUUGUGUAAUUUCUUAAUGCCUCUUUCAAUGCUGGGAUUAAAAUUAUGAAUACAUGUAGAGCAGUCUUAAUUCAAAUAUGAAAUUUGUUUUUUAAUAAUGAAAUAGAUUGUCCACAAUCUUCUCAAUUCUACACACACACAUAUAUAAAUAUAUAUAUAGUUAUAUUGGCUCAUCCUGUCAGUUGUCAUUAUUUCUUUAUUUCUAACAUUCAUUGAUAAUUAAUGAGUGUUUUUGGUUGUAUACAAUACAAAAAGUACAAAACGUAAACAAAGCCAAAGCCUAGGCUCAAAUUAGCAGCUACUACAUAUUUUUGGUCAAGCUGUUUAAGGUUCUGAUUUUAAUUAUCCUUGAUUAAGAAGUAAGUUUCAAAGUUCCCCCUGUGGCCUUCAAGGCCCUCUCUGAUCUAGCUUUCUUGCCCUCAAUUCCUGUCAGAACUGGACCAUACAGUCACUCCUUACUGCCGGGGGGCUGGGAAGAGAAUGCCAUAAUGAUAAGUUCAUGCCAGUCUUGAUUCAUUCGUUACCUUGGAACAUUGCCACAGGGCAGAGCAAGGAUAUUUUAGCAAGAAAGGAUGGUGAAAUAGGCACUGAAAACAUAUGCCACAACUUCUCCCUAGUCAAGAUCCUGUCAAAAUUGAGUAGUUAUCAUUUGUAUUGUUAUUAUCAUAGUAGAUUUUGUUGUUUUUAGGUUGAAAACAUAAUAUAUAUUUUUGUUUGAUUUUGAGACAUCUCUGUGAGUUCAAAGCCAGCCUGUCUACAGAUCAAAUUCCAGGACAGGCUUCUCCAAAGCAAUACAGAGAAACCCUGUCUCAAAAAGCCAAGAGAGAGAGAGAGAGAGAGAGAGAGAGAGAGAGAGAGAGAGAGAGAGAGAGAGAACUUCUGAGAUGCCCCUGACCAAAGUAUGAUAGAGAAUCAUUAUUCUUAACUUUUGCUCUGUUUCAGCAUUGAAGACUUAUGCAGAGAAGGGUUGCCUUGUGGGGGAAUGUGUGAGGGAACUGAACAACAGCCAUUAAAAAUGGAAACAUUGUACCAAAUUUUGGAAAAAAAAAAACUAUCAUCGCCAGGCGGUGGUGGCCCAAGCGCGAGAGGCAGGCGGAUCUCUGUGAGUUCGAGGCCGGGCUGGACCGAUAGCUUCCAAAACAAUACAAAGAAACCCUGUCUCGAAAAACCAAAAAAAAAAAAAAACCCUAUCAUCUUUUGCUUACUAUUAUCAGUAAGAAAUUAGUCAGGAAUUAAAAAAAAUAAUUCUAGUGUUUGGUUUCUGUAUGUAUGUUUCAUAUUACAGUUGCCCUUUACCAGUUGGUGAUCUUUCUGAAUCCAGAAAGAUACAUGAAGCAAGUGUCUGCUCUUUGUACUGACAAGGAACAAGUCUGCUAAAAUCUCUCUUUCUCAAUUCCCUUAGUAUAUGCUGCCUGAAGACUUGUACUUGUAUCAAACAUGGCAGAAGAUGGGAAAGACAUGACUGGGGCUGGAGAUACAUUCAGCUCAGCUGCUAAAGGCUAAGGCUCCCAAUUGGCAGUACUUGCCACAUGAGCAUGAGGACCUGAGUUUGGAUUCCCAGUACUCGCUUGGAAAAACCCUGCUGCAGCGGCACUUGCCUGCAUUCUGAGGGCUGGAGAGGCAGAGACAAAAGGAUCAAUGCCUAGGAGUCAUUGGUCUGGCGCUCUAACUGAAUUGAUGAGCUGGGUGCAGUGAGAGAUCCUGUCUCAAAAAAUAAGGUGGAAAGCAAUAAAGGAAGAUUCCCAAUGUCAAA